AUGUCGGGAGGACAAGAGGCGAGCUGCCGUCUGGGCAGGUGGUUAUCCUCGUUCAAUUACGGAUACGGGGUGCGAGCGGUAGGCUUGUCAAUUUCGGGGCCGUUCUCUGACCACAACGGCGUCGCGAUACGUGUCGCGGUACCCAUUCGGUCGGUACAAGUGAAGACGAGGCGGCAAGUGUACUCGCCGGCGAAUAACGCUGAAAGAACUUCCGAGGCUGUGACGACGGACUUCUUCGCAGGCGCGUCGGCGCACCUGGAAGACGUUAUCACGGCGGCGAGCAUAGCGGUGGACAAAGCACGUGCUGCUGCGGGGUGGUAG